AACAUUUGGCAGUGCAAACGCUAGACGCCACGACGUAAGACGUACUAGCGUGUUAUUUUUUUAUUAUUGUUUACAUUUCGUAAACCAAUUCAUAUUUUUGAUUUUACAUUACGUAAACAGUGUUUGUGUAACAGUUUUAGUAAGUAAGUCAGUUUUGAAAGUCGACAAUCACAGUGGAAUGUACAACGAAUGGUUAUUUGUGAUCAACCGUUAGUGUGAUUCUGUUAAUAAUUUAAUGUGAUUUAUUACACGCGAUCCUCGCUGGAUAACAUAACUAUCGCAAAACAAAUGUCGUGAUAGCCAGCUAUGUAUCAUGUGUUGCUGUUGUCGCUGACGCUGGCUUUGGUAGCAGCGGAGUACGACUUCAUGUCCGGUGUUAUAUGGGGUGGGCCUGAGAGAGGGUGCGACAGUUCGGAGGGUGCGGGACAGGCUGUCGUCAGCUGCACCCUCGCCAGCGGGAAUGUCACCCUCAACGUGGACAGAUCAGCCUCAUGGCUGAAGAUCACGUGUGAAGAGAACAGUUCGUUCUCGUGCAGCGAAUUGUCAGAAGCUCGCCCUCAUAUAUCACGAUAUGUAACAGUAAAUGGACAAAAAGAUAGACAGAUAUCUAGAUUAGAUGUAGAUAGUUGUAGAUUGCCCGAGGAGAGCCUAGCUUGUCUACUAGACCUAGUGAACGCUAGCUCGGCCGUACUCUUGAGGCUCAUACACUGUGAGGGUAGAGUGACUGACAGCAGCUUGGCUGGCGUGGACACCGUGAAGUUCAGAAUGAACUAUGUCGAUAAGAACACCACCUCGGUGCCGUACCCAGCGUUAUCAGAGCUCCCAUCACUGCUGAGCUUCACUUUGAAGGGGGGCUCGUUGGUGCUGGACGCUCAGAACGUUACUUUACCGAAGUUGCGGACCCUGGAGCUGGCCGAUGGCGGCCUCGAGGUCAUACCUAGUAACGUGUUCACGAACACGCCGAACAUACAGACCUUGAUGUUGUGGGGGAAUAGAAUUAGUAAGCUCGAAGAAGACGCUUUCAAAGGUCUCAAGGAGCUAGCGAACGUGAGUCUCAACUCCAACAAAAUCUCUUCUCUCCCCAACAAAAUUUUCUCCCACACCCCCUUGACCAGGAGAGUUGACCUUUACGACAAUAGACUGGUUAUAUUACAGAAGGAUCUCUUCAGUGGUUUGCAACAUUUGGAAGAGGUCAUUAUAACAUCGAAUAAAGCGAAUCUGACCCUAGAAGAUACAUUUGCUAAUCUACCCUCACUGAAAAAUCUCAAACUGGAGACGAGUAAUAUAGAAGAACUGCCAGAGAACCUGUUCCGCAACUCCACGUCGUUGAGGACAUUGCUGUUGGGUGGCAACAAAAUAGAGAAUCUCCCGCCAACCAUUUUCAGUGAUCAGAAAUUGGUGGUACUGAAUCUGUACGAUAAUAGGAUUAGUGAACUACCCGCAGUGCUGUUGAAGAAUCAGUCGUCAUUGGAAAGAUUGGAUCUGAGGCGGAAUCUCAUAAAGAACAUUCCUGGCGGGCUAUUCUCUGACGCUAACAAGUUGAAGGUCUGUGAUCUGAGCGACAAUCAGAUCGAGUUAUUAGACAGCAAUUCAUUUAUCGGAGCUUCAAAUUUAAUAGAGUUGUAUCUAGCCGGGAAUCGAAUACACUACCUGAGGAGGGCAACGUUUGAGGUCAUGCCUUCAUUAGAGAUAUUAUCUCUAGCGAGAAAUAACUUGACCAUAUCAGAGAGGAUGAACACAAUAGCCCUGACGCCGUCCGACGAAUACUACACCGGCGACUACUCAAGGACAUUCCAAUACUACUCGGUGUUUAAAAGUCUCAAGUAUCUGAAGACAUUGAAUUUGAGUAAAAACAACGUGUCCAUUAUAUGUGAGGAUUGGAGGCAGCUGGUUGGACUCAAGAAGUUGGAUUUGUCCUACAACAGCAUCGACUUCCUGUCGGAUGUUUCGAUGCACUUCGACUUCAGCGACGCCAUCAUAGACGUGAGGCACAACAGAAUAACAACAAUAGUACCUCCUGUAUACACGAGUGACUCGGACAAACCUACCUUCAUAUUAGACUACAACCCGUUCGCCUGCGACUGUUAUCUUUACGAAUUAAUACAAAGAUAUAAAUCCGGGAAGAACACACCCAUCCUACAAAUGGACAAGACCAAGUGCGCUUCACCUCGCUCCCUAAGGAACACGCAGAUAACCCAGCUGAGUCCCGAGCAGCUGUUCUGUGACGUCCCUUGCAGUGACUGCUCCUGCAAGAUAAGGCCGUACAAUCGGAGAUUUGUCCUGGACUGUGACGAGAUGCCGGCAGCGCCGCCCGAGGUCCCGGAAGUGUUCGAGGCUUUGGAACUGUCCAACGAGAUCCACUUGAAGCGAGGCACGGACUUCAUACCGAGCUACUACCGGUACGUCGACAUGGCAAGCUUGAAUCUCACCGCAGCGCCAUCUGUCGCCGGUCCGCUGGAACUGAACUUGACCAACAACAACCUCCGAAGCGCCCCGCUGGCUUUGCUGGUUACUAACUGCUCGUUAUACCUAUCGAACAAUCCGUUCCUGUGCGGUUGCGAUGAUUACGAGAGCGUUGAAAAUCUUAUUAGAUACAAACAUUUGAUACGCGAUUUCAAAGAAAUUAGAUGCGAGGAUGGCGGGCUCGUCUCUAACGUUAACACCGGCCAGAUCUGCGUGGCGAGAGAUGCCGCCAUAAUCGGCUCGACGAUCGCCAUGUUCGGCGUGAUUCUGGCUAUUUUCACCGCGACAGCGUACAAAUAUUCAACGGAGAUACGAAUUCUACUGAGGAAAUAUCAUCUCUGGUGGGGAGACGAGUUCGACUGCGAGAAGGAGUACGACGCCUUCGUGUCUUACUCGCACCAGGACGAGGGUUACGUAGUGGAGCAACUGGUCCCGAACCUGGAAGGGGGGAAGCCGCCUCUGAGACUGUGCGUCCACUACCGGAACUGGGUGAUAGGCGACUUCAUACCGAGCCAGAUAGCGAGAUCCGUGGAACAAUCUAGAAAAACCAUAAUAGUGCUUUCCAAACACUUCGUGAACUCGAUAUGGGGUCACAUGGAAUUCAGGACGGCGCAUGGCAAGGGCAAGGUGAUAAUACUCAUGCUGGACGACCUCUCCGCCGAUGACAGCCUGGACCCGGAGCUCAAGGCCUACAUAGCCAUGAACACGUACGUCAAGUCCAAAGAUCCCCUGGUCUUCGAUAGGAUAAGGGAUGCUGUUCUCAGCAAGCCGCCGAACAAGUCACCGAUGGGCCUAAAUGUGCAGUUGAAAGACGGAAAGUUAGUCAAUGUGAACAAGGAUAUUGAUAUAGCAAUAAAAUGAUGGCUUUAAAAUGAAUCUCAGUUAUAUAUAUAUAUAUUUGAAUUAAUUCCUUUGUACAAUAAAAUGUAUUUUAUAUGUUGUUUCUAUCAUGAAAUUAUAUGAGCCCUAGACAUUCACUUGUCCCAACUUCAUAUUCAACCAAGAAGGUUUUAUAGUUACAAAAACUGACAGAACUAAUAAUAUAAUAUAUAAUCUGUGCAGAUUAUUUUUUUGUUGUAUCAUACAGACACUGUGAAUAUGUUUAACAAUUUUACGAAGUAAUAACAAUUAUUCCAAACAGUUGAUAUUGUACUAAAUUAAUUUUAAAUCCUAUGGAACAGAUAUUUUUCUCAGUCGAUAACAACUCGAUAUUUCCUUUCACAUUUACCUAUUGAGAUAAAGGCUAAGUUUUGUGGUCUCGUCUGGUGCUGUAAGUCCGCUACUUAUUUCAUCUUGUAGGCUCGUUUAUUUCUCAGAUUAUGUUUCCAGCUAUUAUAAGUGUCACUGUGAUACAAAGUAAGGAUUUGAAUUUAUAAUAAACACAGCCGCUGCUAUUGUUAAAUAAUCUAGUCAAUAAGAAGUUUUUUUCUCUAAUAAAAAAAUAUUUAUA